AUGGUUAACCGCAUAAGCUUCAUCUCUACAGUUAGUGUGAUCUUUCUGUUGCUCUUUGCAAUUAGUGCUGAUUUGUCACCCGGUGAAAAUAUUUCAAAAUUGAUUUACGAAUUUAUCACCAACUAUAAACGGUUGAAAUUUGGCAUAGUGUUCACGUGUUCGCGAGAAGGAAUCGAGGACAUUUUACCGUUUAACAUCGUGGCAAAGCAAUUAAUGCGCGGGAAUGUGACGCUCAGAGCAAUUAGUGUCGACGAUUACGACGAGCAGGAUUGCUCAAAUUUUGGAAAAUAUGCACAAAUAAUGCGUGGUUUAAUUGCUCAUCACCAAUUUGUGUUGCUGGAUAUGGAUUGUGCGGGGGCGAAUACAGUGCUGUAUGAGGCCUCGCGAUACGAGCUUUUCAACGCUUCGUUCCACUGGCUGAUAAUUGAUAAAAAAGCAUCAUCCACCAACGACGACGACGAAGCCCCGGACGGCACCGGCCCGGAUCGAUUACAGCGCGGACAAUGGCGCAAUUGCCGGCGGCGGUCGCAGGUUCCACCACUUUUUGGCCGUGGUCCUCCUGCUGUCAGCGGUGGGAACAACGGCAGCUUCUGUUCCGACGAUGGCGAUGAAGAUACUACCACGUUGGACCGCCUGGAAACAAUGAACAUCAGCAUCAACGCGGAAAUAACUCUGGUCCGGGAGUCCAGCGUGGCCGGUGGUGCCACGGCCAACGGUGACCGGCGCCGGAAGGUCUAUGCGCUCUUUGAUAUUUGGAACCCCGGCUUCAUCAGCGGUGGCCAGCUGAACGUAACCGCCAUGGGAAAUUACGUCGUGGACAACGCCGGUGGUGGCCGGUUGACCGUGUGGUUCCACCAGAGUACCGUUGUCCGCCGCCGGGACAUGCGAGGCCUUAAGCUGAAGAUAAUGACCGUCGUUACGCAGCGUCCGGGCAUCCCGUUCGAGGUGUACCUGGCGACGCCGAACAACACCCACCUGGACUCGGUCCACCGCUACAAUUUCGGGCUCAUGUCCUACAUCAGGGAUUACUUUAAUUUCAGUUUUAUCAUGCGCCGGACCAAGAGUUGGGGCUAUCUGCGGAACGGAACCUUCGACGGGAUGAUUGGGGCACUGUCCAGGCGGGAGGUCGAUCUCGGUGGGUCGCCGAUGUUUUUCCGCCAGGAACGGCACCGGGUCGUUAGCUACACCACGCGAUCCUUCAUGGAAAGGCCAUGCUUCAUCUUCCGACAUCCCAAGCGGCAGAGCACAAUGCGGAACCCUUUCCUGCUGCCGUUCGAGACCGUAAUCUGGUAUUUGAUGGUGUUUUGUGGAGCCCUGCUGGUGGUGGUCCUGUUCGCCAGCUACCAUUUUGAGGAAUCAGGCUUUGUUGUUCGUCGUGGUGCUGCAGCAAAAAGUUCUCCGAUACACACUAACAACUUCGACGGUCCUUUGAAAAUCGAAGCCGAUGACGAAAGUUAUUACGGAGAUAGUUUCCAUUUCAAUCGAAGCCUCCGCCCACCACCACCAGCUCCAGCCCGGCAAGGGUUAAACCCGAAAAGGCAGCCAGGCACAAAAGAAAAUGUACUUUUUAAUGACACAAAUAAAAAUAACGACGAUGAUGAUCCAAACUGCUGUCAGCAGCUGGUCCUCCGACAAUGGCGGAAGUUGCUGCUGAGCCGGAGGCAUCUUGCGACGAGUCAACAUCAACAACGGCAGCGGCAAAGGAAAUCACUUCACAGCAACAACGACGAUACAACGGCAAACAGCAGCACAACAACUCUGCAGGCUGCUUCCAGGGGGAAAGCGCCCGUCGUGCUGCAACCGGCAGUGCACUGGGUGCUGCCACCUGGUGGUGUUGAGCACAAAGAGACGGGUGACGAUGCCACGUGGCGCAGCAGCAGCAGCAAUUAUAAAGCGGAAAAAUUAUCGAAAAGCAUUUUGCUUUUCCUCGGAGGCGUUUGUCAACAAGGACUCUCGGAAAUUCCGCGCCUUCCAUCGGGUCGCUGCACCUCAAUUUUCAUCCUGGUCUUUGGCUAUCUGAUGUUCCAGUUCUACUCGGCCAGCAUCGUCGGCUCCCUCCUAAUGGCCCCACCCAAGACCAUCCGCACGCUGCGGAAUUUGAUUGAUAGCCGGCUCACGCUCGGCAUCGAGGACAUUCCGUACAGCCGGGAUUAUUUUGUGCGCACGACGGACGCCGACUCGCUCGAGCUGUUCCACACCCGGGUCAGCUUCUACGACCAGAAGAGUGGCCAAAACGAGUCCCAUUUUUUGAACGCAGCUGACGGCCUCCACCUCACCCGGAAGGGCGGCUACGCGUUCCACGUGGCCAUCUCGGCCGCGUACAAAAUCAUCCGUGAGACCUUUAGCGAGCUGGAAAUUUGCGAGCUUACCGAAAUCGACAUGUUCCCCAAGUCGUCCCAGUGGAUGAUGGCGAUCGUGCAGAAAAAUUCGCCCUACCGGGAUGUCAUAACGUAUGGAUUACGACGGUUGAAUGAAGCCGGCAUAAUGGACCGCCAGAGACGCGUUUGGCAGGAACCGAAGCCGAAAUGUGUGCGCAAAAUAGCACCGUCGGAUCUGAUUGUUGGCAUGGAUAGUGUUUAUUCGGCGUUUAUCUUGCUCGUGGCCGGUUCGCUGCUGUCCAUUGGCUUACUGCUGAUUGAGAUACUGCGCCACCGGCUGGCCGUGGCCCGGCGGGGACGACGAGGACGACAAUGGCAACAACCGAGGACCCGGCCCCGGAAUUUACCGCAGGAUCAUGGCUGGGUUUAUCCGUAUGUAGAUUGAAUUGAUUUCGGUUGGAUUGACUUCUGAGGGGGGACACCUCUGGCC